AAAGAACUUUUUCUACUUGCAUUUUCCUAUUUUUAGCCAUUAAUGUUUAGUUUGGGAGUGUAACAUUUAGUGAUUUUAAAAAAGCAACACACAGAUAAAAAGCUAGAUAACCAAGUAGAUAGAUGACAGGGAGUCAUUCUUCCAAUCCAACUGAUGAUGUCACAGGAGAAAAGGUCAGUUGGAACUCCAUGUCUGGCAGUUACAGGGAGCUGUGGCUAGGCAGAGGGUACUCAGGAGCUGCGCUGGAGUCCUUAACCCCAAAGCAGCCAACAUCACGUGUCCAGGCCUGUGUAUCAGAGACACAGGACGUCUUUGUGACUGACAGAGUGAUCCAAAAUGGAAAAAGACGAGCCCCCACAGUUGGUGACCCCCAAGUCGGUGAAUGCCAUUCUCUCGAGGAUUGAGGCUGCCCAGCUAACUCGGGUUCAGGAGGAUAUUUCUUCCCAGCUCUCAGACAUCUUGGACAAUGUCAACUGUGUCAUCAACCACUUCCAGGAAGAAUUAGGAUAUGAUUUAAAAGAAAAGGCAAAAUCUCACCAGAUGGAGCAAAAGGGCAAGAAGAGAUUCAUCUUGCUGGAGAAAAUUGCUUCCUUCUCCAAGGAUGCUAAGACUAAAGAGAAGCACUUGUACGAGAUUCUCCACUGGCUGGGCCACUGGGGUGACAGCCUGACUUACGAGAUCAGGAACAGGAAGAGCCAGGGGGAAGAGGAAGCCCUGGAUGAAUGGAUUGAGGUGAUGGAGAAAGUGUUACCUCUCUCCCUCAUCGCCACCAAAGGAGGCAUCGAGUCUCUCAUUUCCCUUUGCUCCACUCUCAUUGAAGGACAAAAGAAAAGGGCAAAAGCGUCUAAAUGCACCUUCUGGCCGGGCUGGCAGGAACAAAGCCCACAAAACUCUACAUCCUACCCUCAGCCACCGAGCCCAGAGAAGAUGCUCCAGGACAAGCACACUACCUGCACAAGGGUCUCUGAGGUGAAGUCCAUGCUUCAGGAGCUCCUGGACUCCACUAUGUUCAACCAGGGGGACGUCAGGGCCAUCAGAUACAUGUACGCUGUGGUUGAGAACCUCAACAAGGCCUUGAUCCUCCAGCACAAGGAAAACAGGAGCCUGGAGACCAAAUACAAGUCCCUGAAAAUAGAGAUGACCAAAGAACUCAGCAGCCAGAGGCUGUACUUCCAGAAAUCCCUCCAAAUCCUCGAGAGCAAGAGGGAUGCCCUACUAAAGCAGGUGGAAAUUCUAGGGGGAAAGUACCAUGACCUUCUCUUGAUAAAGCAUGCCUUAGAGUUCCAGCUGAAGAAGGCUGAGUCUGCUAGAGGUCAAGCAGAAGACUCAGCUAAGAUACUGGUUGACUCCCCAGGCCCUCUUGAGAGAGACACCCUCCCAAAGAAAGAAACAGUCAUGGAGGAAACCCAAGAAGAACCCAAGAAAGAGGAUCAGCUGUUCUCACCACUCUCCCCAAGUCCUAUGGCCACAGCUGGGGACAGUGGUGCUAGGCCUUCAACGUAUCAGCCACUUUGCACCAUGACCAUGUAUUCAAGGAUCGCAGAUGUGUACAGCAGUACAGACACUGAAAGUCUUCAGCCCGUGUGGCCAUCUUUGGUGGAUCACAAGUUUCCUAAGAAAUGUGAAAGACUGAUGGCAGAAACCCCAGGCCACAAAGUCAAAGAUCAGAAGGACUUCUUCCAGGAAGCAGACCAGGAAAAGGAAGGACUUCAAAUUAAGCCCCAUUUUGGGAAGCAGCUGUCCCAAGAGAGCUCCAGGAAGGAGGCCUUGGAAAGCAAGGUGGAACACUGGGAAGAAGAACUCAGCUGGGAGAGGCGGAGGCAGCAGUGGCUGGAAGAGGAAGAGAGGUGGCUGCAGCAGCAGAAGAAGUGGGCCCUACAGGAACAGGAGCACCAGGAGAAGCUGCGGCAGUGGGAGAUGGAGGACGUGGCAAGGGAGCAGCAGCAGAGAUUGGGCCAGCCAGGAAAGGAGCACAGACACCCAUGGAGGGAGCCAGAGCAACCAGGGGAGGACGGGGAGAGGAUGAUCUUCAUGACCACCAGUCGAUGGAGGGACUUGGAGAAAUCAUCAUUAGCACCUCCCCCAAGCCGGACCCAAUCUGCUCACCAAGGCAGGAGGCCACACCUGCCCAGGUCCCCUGAUACCCAGCAGCCUUCCCCUGGAAACCAGAGGACCGUGAGUUCAGCCACGUUAACCCAAAAACCACGGGCCCACUGGGUUCCCACAAAGCCCAGGAAAUCGGCCUCUUUUCCUGUCAGGGGCAUAUCCAUCCAAAAAGUGACCCAGCCACCUCUGCAGAUAUCCCCUGUAACUCUUAAGGGGAAGACAUACCACAUGGAUGUGGAGGCCCAGAGGAAGAAUCUGCAGCUCCUGAGUGAAGAGGCUGAGCUGGGGCUGCCCCACUACCUGCGCAGCAGGGCGCUGGAGCUCACCAUCACCACCAUGGAGCUGAACGCACUCAGGCUGCAGUGCCUGUGCCAUAAGUACAUCCUCUACAGACGCUUCCAGAGCCUCCGAGAAGAAGUGAUCAACCAUAUACAAGGCCUGCGAGAAACUGGGGCAACCUACAAGGCCCAGAACCUCUACAUCUUCCUGGAAAACAUCGACCACCAGCAGAACCUCCAGCUGCAGCCCUGGAAGGACAAGCAGAAGGACCUGGAGGAGAAGCACCGAGAGUGCCUGAGCAGCAUGGUGACCAUGUUCCCCAAGCUCCAGCUGGAGUGGAAUGUUCACCUGCACACCCCUGUGGUCACCUCCCCACAGUCAAGGAAAAGCAAGCCGCCCCCAUCCUUACUCCAGCACAUCCACUCCAGCAGCCGCUCCUGCAAGCAGCCUCUGGAGCACUGUACGUCCAAGCACCCAGAACGUGUGCCCCUGCGGGUAGCCUGCCAACAGGGGAAACAGAUGGAGGCCAUGUGGAAGACUGAUGUGACCUCCUCCAGUCACCCAAUAGAAAAGAAGACCCCUGCCAGCCUGCCCUGGGACCAGCUAGGGGGGCGCCCAGAUAUUCCCCGGCUGUUGGCAUUGGAUGUGCAUUCCUCCUACCACAAAAGCUUCAUGUCCCUCAAGGCCCGUGCCUCAGCGACCCAAAGAAAGACAUGCCUGGAACCCCCAGAUGAGUCAGCUGAACUUGUUCGUAAAAAGUCAAACGAGUCCUUCCCUGGAACCCUAAAAAGCAGGAGGAUCGAGACAACCCCAGUCCCCACUCCAUCCCUCAGCCAGUGAUUCUCAGACUUCAGGGUGACUACGUAUCACAUGGAAACUUAUUCCAAAUGCAGGUUCCCAGGUGGUAUUUUUAAACGCACACUCUGGGUAUGGCUAAGUAGUCCUAGAACCUUGAGAAACACUGCUUUCCUCCUCCAGUCCCCAAACUGUGCAUUUUUAAUAAAAUAGAGGUGUGUUUAUUUUUUAAAUUUUCUGUCUCAUUGCUGAAACCCACACCUCCCCAACUCAUUUUUUGAAACCAGGUCCAUAAGCACCUGGCCACUGACCUGGACACUGAUCAGAGAGAAUUCACCAAGUGUUGACUCUGCCCUUUGGGAAUCAACAAGCCGAGAAGGCCAUGAUGAGUGCCUGGCACACAGUAGGUGUCAGUAACUCUUCAAUUAAUCAAAGACAUGGACAAUAAGUAACUGAAAUACUGAUGAUUAUCAUGAAUGCGCAGAAGAUAAAAAUGAAAGGAGAUAUCAAGUACAAGUCAGAGCCAAAUGGCACUGGGUGGGAGGCAAACGCAAGUGCAUCUCUGAGGAGUGAGGACAAAGGUGGAAGAAAUGGAGACACUGAGGUUCCAAAUCCAGAUGGUGUGGGCUGAGGAGGCCAUCUAUGGCAAUUGUCUGUCAAUUCAGUUAAGACACUGCUUUCCUUAGUUCAUUCAGCUUACAAGCACCCUCCCGCUCACUCUCCCUCCCAGGAAGCCAUUGGCCUCUGCCCUGCCCCUUCUUCUCCACUCCUCCAGACAGACUUGGCCUAGGGACCAGGCAUAAUAAAACAUUAACUAGGAAAUAACCCUGUCCUCAGAGAACCGGCAAUCCAGUGAUUCUGUUUCUGAGGAAUGGCACCCAUCCUUGCUUCCAGUUUAAGGUUGAGACUCUGGAAGGAAGAGGAGGAUUUGGCAUGUGAACAGCUGGCUCUUAGAUGAUGUCAGAGUAGGAUCUGAUUUCUAAGCCACAGCUUCACAUAUUGCAAGGAAGCCUGGCGGGGGAGGAAGGUGAGAGGCAUUUGCCAUGCAGGUCACGCACACAGGACUGCUGUGGCAGUGAAGGGCCAUUUCUAGCCUUUCAAGUCCCAGCAUUAUUCUUUUUUGGAGGCCUCACCUCAAUUGUAUCCAACAUAUUAAAAUGCCCUCACACUCACUGUAUUGCUUUAAAUAAUUUGAAAGGAUUUUUUAUAACUUUGCUUUGGAAAUUAACUGGCUAUGAGUAAGUUUUUUUAAUCUGUAGCUGGCUGUGACUUCUCAACAAUCUUCAUGCAUAGAGAUGAAAUCUAACAAGUUUUGUAAAUGUAAUGAGAAUAUUUUGAAUAUUAACUUUGACAGUUUAAUGAAACUGACAAUAUUACAUUUUAUAAACAUUUAGUUAUACAUGUAUAUUUUACAUUUUUUGAUGCCAAUAACAUUUUUAAAGGUUUUGUGUGUUUUCAUAGGCUCUAAGGUGCCUAGUGGCUAAACCCGCUUUGGUGAUGGAGGACUUUGACUUUCUGGAUGUCCUCUAGCAAGCUCUCUGGCAAGAAAGCAGAAUAUCUGACAGAUUCUUCUGCUUUGCCAACAAUUUCAUCUCCUUGAAGGCAAAGAAGGCCUGCAUGGGCCGAACUGUGAAGCCAAGAGGGUUGGAAACCAAGGAGACAUAUAGAUAUAGAUGGUGUUUUUCUAGUGAGGAGGUUCUUUGACACUAUACAUGAGCUUCUUUUGUUUUUUUUUUCUCUUAAGAGCAAAGUUGAGGGGC